AUGCCUCUGCUUCAAGCCGAACUCACCAAACUCAUCUUCAAAAUAAAUGGUGCCGACGAGCCACCACUGCUCGAUCAAAUCGCACACCUCCUCCAGCAUACCCUGGCCGAUGCGGCGGUACAUAUUCGGGAUCUUCCUCCUGGGCUCUGUUUGAUGCUGUAUCUCUCAGUAGUCGCAGAUGGUCAUCUGCCGCCAGGGCAGGGCGAAUAUGAGAUAGCUGUCGCCAGAAGACUGCUGGAAGUGCUGCGUGUAGCGAUGGGCGUUGGCCGGUAA